AUGGCUCCAUCUUCAUCAUCGUCCUCGUCAAUAUCAGCAACAACAGCAGCGUCCGCAGCAUCAUUUGCCAGCCAGCCGAGUUCUCAUUCAAGACAAUUCACGCACUCUCGGGAUGGAACGCGCCAAGGCAGCAGCAUCACCUCUUCAGAGACAAGUGGCGAUGAUGAUUCAAGAGGCUACCAGUCUGCGCCUCCACAUAUGAGACUCGGAAACCUCACUUUACAAGGGUCCGAGGCCCAGUUGCUGGGCCAAGUAGCACUGACGGAUGCGUGCUUGGAUCUCAUUGAGAAACUGCAAGAGUGGAAGCUAGUCAUGGAUGAGAAGUGGGAGGAGGGUGUGCAUGAUGAGGCGAUAAAUGGAUGCCUGGAUAGGCUGGCCAAGUUGACCGGCUUGCUGCAGUUUGGGGGCAUGACUGGAGACAUUUCAUGGUGA